AUGACCUGGCUCAGCAACCUGACCAUCAUCAUUGUGGUGAUCACCAACAGCCAUCUCCACGUUCCACUGUACUUCUUUCUGGCCAACUUGGCCUUUGCAAACAUCAGUGACUCUUCAAUCAUGGCAGCCAAGUUGUUGUGGGACCUUGCUUCUCACACCAGAACCAUAUCCUGCAACUGGUGCAUCAUUCAGAUAUUUUUAUUUCAUUUUAGUGAAGGUGCUGGCAUCUUCCUCCUGGUGGUGAUGGCAGUUGAUCGGUUUGUGGCCAUUCAUAAACCACUGCAUUACUUGACAAUCAUGAAUCAGGAUGUGUGCACAGGACUGGUGAUAGGGUCAUGGAUGGGAGGAUUUACUCACUCGUUUGUUCAGACUGCACUGAUCAUCCAGCUUCCAUUCUGUGGACCCAAUAUCCUGGACAAUUUCUACUGUGAUGUCCCACAGGUCAUCAAACUGGUCUGUGCUAAUACCGACCUAGCUGAGCUGCUGAUGGUCUCCAACAGUGGACUGCUCCUUUCAUGCAUCUUUUUGAUCUUGCUCAUAUCUUAUAGUAUCAUCUUAGUCAAAAUCAGGAAACACGUCACAGAUGGACAGCACAAAGCUCUGUCUACCUGUGCUGCCCAGAUCAGAGUCAUGAGCUUAAUAUUUAUGCCAGGAAUCUUCAUCUAUGACCGACCCCUCAAGAAGUUAUUAGGAGACAAGAUAGUUUCUGAUAUAGAUUCAUAG